UAAAGCCCAUAUGAUUCAAAAGUUGCCCAUUUUUUACUGCCAAGAUUUUCGUUAACCUCUAUUUACUAUUUACUAUUUCCUCUCAACGGUCCUCACCUCGCCGCUGUCGAUACCCACGUAAAUCGAUCGUCUCCGUGCUUCAUUAGCUUAUUUUCGGGCUAUCGAAGAAUUUUCUGCGCUACUGUCGGCUUCUCGCAACGAAGAUUCGGUGAAGGGAAGAAUAUUGAUAGAUAGAUACGCGGUUUCGCACUAGGAGAAUAUAAAAGCUUACACGGGCUUUUAUACCUCCCUAUACAUACUGGAUAGGCAAACGGAGCGAAGGGAGUUGUUCGUGCUGUUGCUGGAGUAGAAGAUAAAGACGAAAAGAUGUCGAAACGAUCGGGUGGUGCGAGCAAUGGCGCUGCGGUGAAGGUCAACCAGGCGAGCGUUGCGGAUGAGCCUUCGUAUAAGAAGCAGAAGGACCUUCUCUCAUCUACGGGCCAUUUCUCCCUGCUCAAGGCUUUGCAUAUGGCGGACUACAUCACUGAGCUGAAUGGCGCUUGCGGCAUCCUAUCCGUCUUCUCUUCCCUGCGCUACUGCCUUGGCGACCCCGCGGACAAGACAAACGUGUACCUCGCGCUCGCGUUCCUGCCCUUCGGGUUAUUCUUCGAUUUCAUGGAUGGUCGGGUUGCGAGGUGGCGGAAGAAGAGUAGUAUGAUGGGUCAGGAGUUGGAUUCGCUGGCAGAUUUGAUCUCCUUCGGUCUCGCCCCAGCCUGCGUAGCGUUUAGCAUCGGCCUGCGCACGACGCUCGACCAGGUGUUCUUGGCCGCGUUCGUAUUAUGUGGUUUAACGCGACUAGCACGCUUCAACGUCACGGCGAACAGCGGUGAUAUCCCCAAGGACGCCAGCGGGAAGGCCAGCUACUUCGAGGGCACCCCCAUUCCUACGACGCUAGGUCUCGACGCCCUGAUGGCCUGGUGGGUGAGCAAGGGUUGGAUCCUCGACCAGGUCCCCGGCGGCACGCUGUUCGCAGGCACCAACUUCGAAGUCCACCCUAUUGUUGCCAUGUUCCUGAUCCACGGGUGCCUGAUGUGCAGUAAGACUCUACACGUACCUAAGCCCUAACAACCGUCUAUCAGUCAGUCUAUCACUUAUCUCUUCUUCUCCGCCCUGCACUGCAUUAGCAGGUAGGCGGCAAGGGUAAAUUUAAGGGU